AUGAAAAGGACUUUAGCUGACACCUCGGCUCGCAGCACAGCAGGUUGUCUGCCUGUACCACUGUUCAAUCAGAAAAAAAGAACUAGACAGCCCCUCACUUCAAAUCCACUUAAAAAUGAACCAGGUACUGGUUCUGGGACUCAUAGUUAUGACUUCUCUCCCUCAUCAUUCGGCUGGGAAACUGCAAACCCAGAAGUGGAUGAACUGCAGAAAGCAGCAAACAGUGGCCAAGCAGAACAUCCGAUGGCUCCUUCCCUUAUGAAACCACCAAAUGCAUCAAAGUUUAAUUUAGCAAAUGCUGGAAAAAACGUGUCUGCCUGCAGGGACAGAAAUGAAUAUACUCCUUUAGGUAGAGCAGCAAAUUCAAGAUCUGAUAAUGGAACUUCUCAGAAGUUUGAGAACUUUUCAAGCAGUUUGAAAACUGUCCAGCAGCAAAAACACCCUGACAGUCGUAACCCAUCCCAGCUCAUCAAAACAGACACAUCCAAAGGACAGUGGCCAGUGAAACCCAACACUGUGGCAAGAAGUCUGCAGGGUCAUCAUCCAGCAUAUAAAUUUAACUACAAUACUCAGCAAAAUAAAAUGAAUGAAAACCAAUUUGGUUGUGUCCCAGAAGAUAAAAGUCAGGAAAUUUCAUCAUCUCAAGUGAAAACUAAAAUAAAAAAGAAUUCUUUGCGAAUCCUGUCUGCAGUCAUUCAGAGUGUGAGGCACUGGAGCCAAUAUGCCUAUAAAACUGCACUGCUAUUUGAAGUUUUAGGCACACUGGAUUCUGCAGUCACACCUGGAGCAUAUGGGGCAAAGAACUUUCUUCUGAGAGAUGGAAAGGAGACCCUGCCUUGUGUGUUUUAUGAAAUUGACCGUGAGCUUCCACGACUCAUUAGAGGUCGAGUGCACAGGUGCAUGGGAACCUAUGAUGCAAAAAAGAACAUUUUCAAGUGCGUCUCUGUAAGACCAGCAACUGCUCAAGAACAGAACACUUUCCAAGACUUUGUUAAAAUUGCAGAUGUUGAGAUGACAGCAUAUGUAAAAACUAUGAAUGAAAUGUAA